AUGAAGGUCAUACUGAGGGGCUGCUGGUUGUCAGAGAUCAGCUGUGUUUCACUGGCCUCAGCUCUGAAGUCCAACCCCUCCCACCUGAGAAAGCUGGACCUGAGUGACAACAACAAGCUGCAGGAUUCAGGAGUGAAGCAGCUGUGUGAUUUUCUGGAGAGUCCACACUGUAAACUGGAGACUCUGAGAUUGAGGAACUGCUGGUUGUCAGAGACCAGCUGUGUUUCACUGGCCUCAGCUCUGAAGUCCAACCCCUCCCAUCUGAGAGAGCUGGAGCUGAGCUCCAACAAGCUGCAGGAUUCAGGAGUGAAGCAGCUGUGUGAUUUUCUGGAGAGUCCACACUGUAAACUGGAGACUCUGAGACUGAGGGGCUGCUGGUUGUCAGAGAUCAGCUGUGUUUCACUGGCCUCAGCUCUGAAGUCCAACCCCUCCCAUCUGAGCGAGCUGGAGCUGAGUAACAACGAGCUGCAGGAUUCAGGAGUGAAGCAGCUGUGUGAUUUUCUGGAGAGUCCACACUGUAAACUGGAGACUCUGAGACUGGAGGAGUGCAAUUUGUCAGAGAUCAGCUGUGUUUCACUGGCCUCAGCUCUGAAGUCCAACCCCUCCCAUCUGAGAGAGCUGGACCUGAGAGACAACAAGCUGCAGGAUUCAGGAGUGAAGCAGCUGUGUGAUUUUCUGGAGAGUCCACACUGUAAACUGGAGACUCUGAGACUGAGGGGCUGCAGUUUGUCAGAGAUCAGCUGUGUUUCACUGGCCUCAGCUCUGAAGUCCAACUCCUCCCAUCUGAGAGAGCUGGACCUGAGGUACAACAAGCUGCAGAAUUCAGAUGUGAAGCAGCUGUGUGAUCUGAAGGAGAGUCCACACUGUAAACUGGAGACUCUGAGAUGGGAGUAAUCUGCAGUUUGAUAAACAGGACGGUGGAUGUGUUGAGAGGAUCAGCUGUGUCCUGAUGAUCCAGAGGGAGACUCUGACUGGGCCAUGUUACUGGGAGGUAGAGUGGAGAGGAGAGCUUCAUCCAGCAGUGACUGACAGGAGUCACAGGUGGAGAUGACUCUCAGUGCUGCAGCCUGAACUGCUCUGAGAUCAGCUCCACUGUCAGACACAAUGUGAAGUCCACCAUCAUCCCUGUGUGUUCCUCUGGAUCUGACAGUAUCAUCAUCAUCAUCAGUGUGUCAAUGACUGCUCUGUCCUCCUCCACUGAAACUCCUCCACUCCUCCUGCUCUGCACUCAACCACCUCCUCCACCCUCCACCUGGACCUCACCUGAAUCUGACUGCAGAUUUUUACUCUUAAUGACAACAUGGGGUCGGACUGGGAACAAAAUUCGGCCCUGGCAUUUGUGAAUUGUAUUACUUUAUAUUCACAUACUUCUAUUUCAUACUCCUAUUUUACUGAUAAUUCUUUAGUCUUUACAUCAGAGUGGCUGUAACGAAUCACAGUUUCUCCUCGGGGAUCAAUAAAGUAUUUCUGAUUCUGAAAGUUGAAUCACACAGUGGCAUACGACCGUAAAUAAGGAUCGGAGGCCCCACGUUAUGAUAUGAUCAAGAUAUAAUAUUAUUGCCAUUUUAAAUGUUUUGCGAUAUGCUGAGUGUUAUGAUAACAUAUACUUGUCUUUAUUUUCAACUGCAAAUUAUGCCCCCAAAGAAAAACUGUCAACACCAGAAUUAUCUAAUAAUAUGCAUCCUGGGCUUAGCUCCGCCCAGGACGACUGUGAUUGGUUUAAAGAAACAAAAGCAAUCCGAAGUGUUUUCCUCCCAUAUAUAUAUAAAUAUAUAUAUAUAUAUAUAUAUAUAUAGAUAUAUAUCUAUAUCUAUAUAUAUAUAUAUAUAUAUAUAUAUAUAUAUAUAUAUAUAUAGAGAUAUAUAAUGUCAGAAACAUAAUGGAUGAUUGCAGACCUUUCUCUGGUGCUGACACAGCGCUGUGGAGAUAGAUCUGGCUCUAUGAGACUGCCCACUGUGGAAAGAUGGAGAACUGAUGUUCAUUUUCUUGUUCUCCUGGAUCUCAGAGGUUGAUGUCAGAAUGCACAAGUCUGCAUGUACGUUGAAUCAUUCUCAUCAGAGUCAGAUUAUAUUUCUGUAAACGUCUUCUUUAUUCUUCUGUGUGUUCAGGUUAUUUCAUAUGAAUCAUUAUAUUCUGUAACUGACUGUAGCAGACACCAGUGUGUUGACACAAUAAAUCAAUGGAGACAAAAUGUUUUUAAGCCACCUCAAGAAAUCAAAAUCAGUUUACACUAUGUUUAGAAUAUUUUCACUGCAUUUACAUUUUUGGUUUCAUGAUGGUGAACCCACAUUUUGACAUCAGAACACUCUUACAUAUUUCCAGUGGUGAAAGUGUUCAGAUCUUUACUUUAAAAAUACUCCAUUACUGGUUCUUUAUUCAAAGUGUUACUGCUUGGUAAAAGUACAAAAGUAUCAGCAUCAAAAUACACUUAAAGUACCAAAAGUUAAAGUGCUCAUUAUGCAGAAUGGUCCAUUUAUAUUAUGGAUUAUAAUUAUUGAUGCAUUCAUGUGUUCAUCACUUUAAUGUUGCAGCUGGUAAAGAUGGAGCUCAUUUUAAUGACUUUAUAAACUGCUGCGUAGUUUAAUCUAUAAUAACAUCAUUUAUUAGUUGAUGGUAUUUUGUAUUAAUAAUCUACAAAGUAACUGAAGUUAUCAAAUAAAUAUAGUGGAGUAAAAAGUCCAAUAUUUCCCUCUGAGAUGUAGUGGAGUAAAAAGUGGCCUAUAAAGUAUCAGAAAAUGGAAAUACUCAAGUAAAGUAGGAGACAAGUAGUAAUGAGCAAAUGAAGCCUCAUGAAGCUUUGUCUUUAUCUUCUGAGCCCACUAGAUGGCGCUCUCUGUUCAACAAAGGGUUACAGGCACACUGGACUGUCUGUCCUUGAGCUGUUUUCUUUAAAGCAAGAGCGCCAUCUAGUGGGCUCAGAAAAUAAAUCAUUACAUUUCAAAAACUCCUAACUUCUCUAUCUGGACAAAAGUAUGUGGACAUGCUCACACAGCAGUGGUGGGAUGUAACUAAGUACUGUACUUGAGCAACAUUUUGAGCUCCUUGUACUUUCCAUUGACUUUAUAUUUUAUUCCACGUACCUUUCACCAUCUGUACAUCUUCUCAGGUUUUUGAUGAGCUUUACUUUAAUAUUUAAAUCUAACAGUGCUUUGUUCCCUCACCUUGAGUCAUCUGAUCAUUUGAGUCUGAUUUUGAAUGUUUGCAUGGAGUUGAUCAAUAUUUAAUAAAGCAGAUAUUUCCGUGA